CACGACGAUACGCCGCACCCGCCUUGUGAGUCGAAAGUUCAAACUCGAUUCGCACCCGACUUGUUUACGCCUUUACGGUAUUAUUUAACUUACCAUUAUUAUUUGCUAUCGUUCGAUUUUCGAAGUUUCAAGCAUUUACACUGUCGUUGAAUAGGUAUACAGAAAACCGUAUUACACUGUAAUUAGUACUUACGAUAUAGUCGGCGAUAAGCGAUUUUCGUACGCUUAAAUCCGUUAGAGUCGAAGAUUUCGUUUUUGAACGAGCCUGCAAUCUCAGAGGUGAGGUUUAGUUCGGUUGAAGUGUUCACAGAACAUUAAUUCUCACACAAGUUUUAUUUGACAUAAUAAAAUAAUCAAUAUGAAUUUGAAGUUUUGUGCCAAUUUAUCGUUUAUGUACCAAGAAGCAAAUUGUCUUUUAGAGAGGUACAGUCUGGCGGCUAAAUCUGGAUUUACUUCUGUAGAGUGUGCAUUUCCAUACUCGGAUCCUUUAGAGAAAGUAGUGCAAGCGAAAACGGAUGCCAAUGUGCAACAGAUUUUGAUAAAUGCGCCUAGGGGCGAACCCAAUGAACUAGGAUUUGCUGCAAUUCCAAAUAUGGAGGAUAGUUUUCGUUCGUCUAUUGAUUUGGCUAUAUCUUAUGCAAAAGCUUUAAACUGUUCCAAGAUCCAUGUAAUGGCAGGCAUAGUUGUUCAACCAACAGAAGUUAAUCAUCAGACUUAUGAAAAGAAUUUAACUUAUGCUGCGCAAAUCUUUGAAACUAAAGGCAUUAUGGGUGUAAUUGAACCUAUCAAUAAAUAUUCAGCUCCAGGAUAUUAUUUAAAUUCAUAUGAACGAGCAAUUGAUGUUUUGAAAAAAAUUAAUAGCCCUAACUUGAAGCUACAACUAGAUAUAUUUCAUUUGCAACAGAUCAAAGGAGACCUUACAAAUAACAUUAAGAGCUUACUACCUUAUGUAGGACAUAUUCAAUUAGCUCAAGUUCCUGCACGUAAUGAACCAAAUACUCCAGGUGAAAUAGAUUACAAUUAUAUUUUUCAACUAUUAGAAGAACUUAAGUAUGAUGAAUGGAUCGGUUUAGAAUACACCCCUAAAGACGAUACUGACAAAGGUUUAUCGUGGCUAAGAGAUUUAAAAAGAACUGUAACAUUUUGAUGAGAAAUAUUUAAUUAAGUAUAUUACAACUUACAAGCAUUUAAAAAAAUAAAUUAACAAUACAAUUAAACUUAUUCUAUAAUCCAGAGCAUAUUUACUCCAGUUUUUCCAAGGUUGACACUUUCUAACAAUCCAUUUUCAGUCGUUUUAAUGUGAUGUAGGAACAAUAAAACCGUAAAGAAAAAAUUAUUACGACCCUGAAACAAAAUUAAAAAUCUAUAAAAUGUCUUUUAUUUUACUUUUUAUAUUGUAUCAUUAUUAUCAAAUCAAUCAUAAACUGUGUAUAUUAAUAAUAUAUUGUAUUAAUAAAAUGAGUAAAAUGUAUUACCUUUGGAAAA